CACGAGCUCCUACACACAGCUCGUCUUCCUCGCUUAUGGUGUUUCCUAGAGGAUUGUACUGAUGCGGUGCACAAUUAUAGGCGUACAAAAGUAGUAUGAAAUCUGCGAUACGUUGGUGAAGUGUGGAAGUGAACAUAGCAAAGAAUACACGGCAUACGUCAUAGGGUGUGAGGUGGUGGAUAUCAGGACCUGUGAAUAAGUAAGAACAGGAAAGAGCUCGAGAAGUGUAUACAAAAGUGAAGUUGGGAACUGUGGUGUUGUGUCGAGAACUGGGUGAUGCGCCACGGCCCUUCACGUGCUAAAUGCCUCACCUGGAAUCGAGAAAGGAAACGGUUGCGCAGUUUUACAGAGGUGUGCCAAGUUAAUGCCAACAACGAGGUGAGGCUAAUGGGCCACUUCCGUCCUGGCCGUUGUCUGGAGACCCCUGGGACCAGCUCUGUAGAGUUGAUAAUUUGCGGAAGCACGAGUAACACUAUCUUAUCAAGCCGAAAAAUACACGACCACAGGAUGGAUAUAUAGUGCUGGCGUGUGCUAGAAGUCUUCCUUGUCUGGAUAAUAUAAUAUCAUACUUGUAAGUGACCAGGAAAGUGUGUGAGAAAAAAUAAAGUGCAGGUAUGUGAAAGAGGAAGAGGAAGUGUGGAGGAAGCAUGAAAAUAAAUUACAUUACUUUGAUACGCGAUCCGCAUUUUGCCUGACGAAAAAAAAGAAAAAAGUGUGCGUAGAAGAUAAAUUAGGGAAGCCAGAAAAUACGGAAAACACAGGUUAAAGAAAUCAGUGUGAAGGGGAAAAAAAGUCACUGUGAAACACUCCGCGAUUGUGUUUGUGUGGUUUGUGUGUAUGCCUGUGUGUGUAGGAACUUCACGUCUACCAAUAUCAUCACCACCACUGCCAUCAUCAUCAGCAGUAGCAGCAACAACAAGAGCAAUAGCCCAGCUCCAGCACACCCUGACCUUUCUGCCACCUGUGCAUAACUGCCCUUCUCAUCAACAACAUUCCAAUAGUAAGGAACUAGGAGGGUGGAGGCCAUCCCAGUGGCAAGAGCAGUCCCACACUCACCAUCCUGUGCUUUCGUCGCUCGGUCUGCUGCAGCCAUCCAGCCAGCCACCAGUCAGCCACCAGAUACGCAGCGACUGCAGGACGACCGUGACCUGCCACCUGGCCCGUAUGGCGCUGAAAUUGGUCAAAUCAUUGUGGUCAUUGAACUGUCAUAUCUACUGAUUCUUAAUUUUCGGCAUGGUUUUGAUAAGCUUUCGAGACCUUGACAAUGCCGGAAAGCAGAGGGGAAGGACAGUAUGAGUCCCCUCACACCAUUCCUAACUACGAAACGAGUGGUUCAGAGGUGAAGAUGGCCCACUCCGGGGCGUGGGUCGGCUGUGAGGGUCCCGGGGACUCCGAGGCUCAGGUGGUCGGCCCUGCCCACGGGGAGGCUUCGUGGAUACGAACAUCAGAAGUGAGGAAACAAGGACAGUUCGUGACGGUGGUGGAAGUUGAGAAGGAUGGUGAGGAAACAGGCGACACCACGUGCCAUGCUUGGCGAGCCACGAGCCAGCCGGUUCCACGCCCCGCCCCCCGAGGUUUUGUCACGGUGGUGGCUGUGGGGACCAACACUGAUACUAGUCUUCACCUCGAUCACUCCAACAACCUCACCCUUGACUCCAAUGUCAAGCUGCAUAUGGAGCAUCCCGCCCCGCCAAACGCUGAUUACGUCAACCAGGAGACGAUUGAUAGAGAAAGAAAAGCAGCCGAGGAGAUGGAGAAGGAAACGCCCAGCACCUCGAGUGUGCCAGACCAGGUGGUAGUGUACCGGCUUCCUGGGGAGCGACUUGGACUCGGGCUCAAGUUUGACGGCGGGGUGGGGGCCCAGGAGUGUGUGCGGCGUCUCUUUAUUCAGAGUGUAGCUCCAGAUUCGCCUGCCGCACGAGCCGCUGUGCCUUGGGGUGAACUGAAUCCUGGUGACCAGAUAUUGAACAUUGAGGGAUGUGCUGUGUCUUCGAUGACGAGAGUGCAGUGUGUGUCUUUCCUGAAGGAUGCAGCAAUGAAAAUCACAAUCGGUGUGCUUAAAGGGAAUGGACAACUACCAGACCUGGACACGUGUACUGCAAAAAGUCAGGAAUACUGCAAAGAAGAACAGGAAGUAUACAGUAACAGUUCGGCACACCCACCACCUUUAAUUGUUGGGGAGAUGAGGAAACGGAUGCCUCCCCCGCCCCUGCCUCCCAGAGCACGACCCAGAAAGUCCCCUGCUCGUCCACCAAAGGAUCCACUGCCUCCACCUCCGAGUGGUUUUCAGGAUUAUGACGAUGAAGCGCCCUCCCCAAAGGUGGCGAACAGGAGUCGCUCUGAGGACAAGGAUCAUCCCGAGUGGCGCGAGCUGCUUUCACGCCGCGGACGCUCUGGUGACCUUGAAGAGCUACUGGAGGAUCUGGAAUUUCAUCUUCCUAGUUCUUGGGCCGCUAAAAGACUGGAGGAGUCAGUAGAGAGUGGUCUGCCUCCUCGGCCCACCUUUUAUUUGGAUCUUUUGGGAGAGGAAGACGCCGCCGGACCGUGUGAGAGUGAGAGUGAUGAGACAAGUAGCUCUGUCUCCACUGUUAUAGACCGCCUGUCACUCUCCUCUUCUACUACUGUAUCUCGGAAUUCCUCUUUCAACGCCACUGCUGACGCUGCGAGGUUCGACCUGGCCCGUGCAUUGAGCCCAUUUGAACAGCUGGAAAAAGAGCUUGAGACGGAGGUCAGUGCCGAGGUACAAUCUGCCACCCCCGCCGCUGCUCCUCGCGACGAAGUAGCCACGGCGCCUCCAGUAGACCGCUCCACCAAACCGGCAACAGAAGCUCCUGUAGAAUCGCCAUCAAUGGUCGACACAGAGCCAACUACAGCUACAGAGAAAACUCCGACUCCUAAAACCAAAACACGUUCGUCCAUCAAAUCUUUUGCGUUGAGCCUCAAAGGACGACCAUUUUCAUGGCAGCAGGGAAAGAAUGCAUCCGAAAGAGCCGAGCGUGGAGGUAAUAAUCGAGGAGAGAGUUUCCUGUCAAUCAAAAGGCCUGGAAAGCGACCUGCACCUCCGCCGCCACCACCUCCGCGCUCAGUUACUGGAGGGAUAGGCCACGCCAACUCGUUACCAUGUACCACUUCCGCCACCACCAACACUGCCUUAGUAAAGGAAACGAUUACAUCUACAGACAGUAACGGAAAUGUGCCAAGAAAUGAUGACAGCUACAUCGAUUUGGUCGCUGAAGCUGCUGAAGAAGGCAGCAUGAUUAAAUCGCUAAGUUUGAAGAGGAACAAAUUAGAGAGACAAACCGCUUUCGAUCUUGCAACAGAGGAGGAAUUCAGUGAUUUGUCACUCUCGUCCCAAAAUGAAGUACCUAAAACAGAACCUGAAUAUCUCGUGCUUCUAAACUCCCCAUCUAGUGCGAAAGAAGUCGACGCUGUUCAUAAUGAAAGGUCUUGCACAGAAAACGAUGAACAAAAGAAAGACGAAUAUAAUAAAGAACAAGAUUUUGAGGAUUUUUCAGAGCAACUAGAAUCUUCAGCGAAUUCUGGUGGAUCUCAGGCAAAGCUAAUUAAACAAACUGCCAUCAGUCAGGCAACACCUGAUAGUGAUACAUCAGCGAUAAGCAAGAAAGUUAAUGUUUCCGCUCAUGAAGAGGAUCACGUUCUUACUAUUUCUUCUAACUAUAUAGAAACGUGUGCAGAGGUACAUCACUCUCAGGAAAGUCCCUCUACAGCGAUAAACAAAGAGGAAGACAGCAUGCCAUCUCGUUCAACGCUAGGAGUGUCCCAUCAGGAGGCGGAGGGACAACGCCGCGAAGAGACUGUGGCCGGGGGUGACAUGGAAGUUAGUGCUGGACAAGAUCCUCACUGUGAAGUCGAAUAUAACGUUAAACUUUAUGACACUAGACCGCGUGAGGAAAAUGAAAGUGAAGAAAGGUGUGAAAAUAUUGAACGUGACACUACAGUAUCUCUUGAAAAUAAUAAUCAUGAUAAAGGAAUUGGUGAUCUUUGUGAAGAAAUGGACGUUAGUACUGACUCAUAUGACACAGUCAGUAGUAUUGAUGUAAAACAUAUACCAGUCACCGAAAAUUAUACAGACGGAAACAGAAACGUCGUACAAGUCACUGAUAACGAAGAGAAUAAUGAAUGCGUGAGGUUAAGUGUAACAAAAGAUGACCACGCAUUAGUUAACGAAAGUACUAAAGAAGAGAUUGAAGGAAACAGUGGUGAUGUAAACAUGAACACAAUUGAAGAGAGCAGUACUAACGAUAGCAGUACAGCAGAAGGGUUUGAGAUAAACAACAGCACGAUAGAAUACAGUACAGUGUCUGAGAGUAGCAUGAAAGUAGAGAUCGGCACGGAUUGCGAGGAUGAGGAACAUUCAGAAAGGGAGGCAGCAGACGGCAGCUUGGAAGAGACCGAGGAAGACCAGAACAUCUACGAAGAAGUUGAUGAGAAUCCUUGGACUGAGGACCAGGAUCAAGACCUAGAUGGUUAUUACUCCUGCUCCUCUCGAAAACAAUCCACUGAACCGUCCCCACGAGACCUUCCUGAUGAUACCAAGGCGAAAGAGGACCUUGAACUGUAUGACGACGUGGAGGGGCUCCCUGACCAAUCAGGAAGCGAGUCUCAGGAUUCGAGUGACCUGCAGGGCCUCAAGCUAAGCGGGCCCGAGGAAGAGGGCGGCGAGCAGGACACUAUAGAUGAAGACUCUGAAUCCUUGUAUGACGAUGUUGUGGAGGAGCACGUGGAAGACAUAGAAGAGAGAGGUGCUGAUAAUGUAUAUGAAAACCUGGAAGAAAGUGAAGUGGUAGAGGACAAGACUGAUCAAGAUGUAGUAAGUGGUGAUGAAAAGGAAAGCCCUGACACAAGGGCCAGUGGAGAGUCGUGUAGUCUGAAGACGGUAACGGAGUGUGUGAGGCACAGGCGACUGAGGCAGGAUAUUGGAGACCUGAUUCGCCGCGAGAUGAAUUUGGACGACAACGUGACCGUGGAGGUGGAGGAGGAGGAGGAAGUGGAGUCCACGGUAGAAUGUGAGAACGAGGAGGAGCUUCUACUGGUGAUGAGGGCGCUACGCAGGGAUCAACCCGGCGACAGCCUCAGGUGGCUAGAGGACGAUAGUGACGAGGACGACAAUGCAGGUGCCGCGAACGGAGACAAGGAAGGUAAGGAGGAAGGCGAGAGCGAGAGGGAAGAGAGAGGUCAGGACCCGCCAGGGAGUGCGGGUGACUCCCAGCCAACACAACCUCCCUCUAGAGGUCAGAGUUCUGGGGAGGACACGGGGGUGGUGGCGGCGCGUGCCCUGAGCGACCCCCAGGGAAGGAAGGAGUGCCCCCGCUCCCCCCCAUCCUCUCCGCCUCCCGUCCUCGCUGCUGCCCAGAGCCCAGUCUCUCCUACCACCACCGCCGCCGCCCUCCACAGUCUUGCACGGGGCACUAGCCGUCACCCACACCACACCGCCCCGCACCACCGCUCGCCGCCGCUUGCCCUCCCACGCCUCACCAGCGCUGCCAGCAAAGACGCUCCUGUUGGUGACGGGUUUUGUGUCAGAGCGGCGGAUAAGCCCAGGACUAACGUUCUCGCUUGCAUUGAAGAAACUGAAGUGGACGACUCCACGUGUGAGGACGAGAGUCUAGUGGUUGUUGAAACUCCUGAAGCCAUAAAAAGUGCCAAACUCAAGGAUAGUACUUUGCCUAAACCACGUGCCACGAGUGUGGAUGCUGUGAGCGACCGUGUGGGUCUGACACGCGCUGGUACUCACCACACGACUACUGUCGCGACCAUGGUGGCGCGAACAGAUACAAACCAGGGAGGGAAGGUUGCGUCUUGUCCCGACGACGUCCAGUCUCUAUCUCUCCUGCCAAUGCAAGGCAAACAAGAGGUGGACGCCGUCCUCCUGCCUGCCGUUUCUGCUGUCGUCACCACUCCGUUACACUUGGCCCCGCAAGACUUGGAUGGAGCCACAAGUGCUCCAUCGUCAGGAGAUGCUGCCAGUGAUGGUCCCUCAACGCCUUCCACAUUCUGCAGCGAUGGAGAAGACCAGGAAGGGUUAGAGGACGAAGAAAGAAGCAGCGAAAAUACACCAGAGCCUCCGGACUUCUCGACACACCCCGAGAGAACAGAGCAAGAAGCGGAAUCCCUGCCAGGUUUGGAAGAAUUGCCGGCAGAGGGCAGCGUGAGGGCGGAGCCAAUCGUCGCCGUGUCCCAAGAUCCAGGGAACCAAUCACUGGACAGGAAAGACGGCGGCCGUCACGCUGAGUCCUCCAUCGAAUCAGGUGGCGGCGGCAGCGUGAGCGUGGCUACCUGCGAGCACCGCUUCUCCUCCUCGGGCAGUGCGCCCCCUCCAUACUCCAGGCUUCCCCCAGACGGACAUGAGUUCCCCAGUAACUACGCCGAGGGUCUACCAGAUAAAAUGUCUCGCUACGCCCGCUACUCCCGUCUAGCCAUGGAGCUAGACAGUCCCGGCAGCCCCCCUCCUUCCGCCACCAUGCCACGCACCCGCUCAGCUCCGGGCACUCCCCUCGGCCCACCCCCACCCAUACCUCGUUCAUCCUCUACAGCCAGUAAGACCUACAGCAGUGACAGGACUUUAGAUUCAGGGAACAACAAGUGGACGGGGAAUGAAGAACGCAAGUCAAGGGAACAGACUCCCACACGAAGCCGUUGGCGUAGACAGGACGAACGCAGCGAAAAGAGCGUCCGAGAUAAGAUCGCCAUGUUUUCUACAGACGGCCCUGACCAGCCUCACCCUAAAACUAGAAAGCUGGAUAAGCAGGAAAGUGAAGAGGGAACGAUGAAGCGCUCCUUCACUGAGGACGACGUUCGGCUUGAUAACUCUACAAGCUCCAAUUCCAAAUCUGGCCGCGAGCCCCACAACAGCUCUCGGUCUCUGAGCAAGACCUCCGUGUUUAGCUCUAUGAUUAAUGUUAGUACUUCUGAGCCUAAGGAUAGCACCAAGCACAUGUCAGCAGCAUCCAGUGAGGUGGAUAUCAGACAUGACACACCACCGACUCCACGGAGCCAUGGCCUGCGAGAGGAAAAGAGGGACGAUGAGUCUAGUUCAAGCGGUCUCCACUCACGCUCACAGUCUCUGAUUGACAUAGGUAGAACAUCUCUUACAAAGCGCCACAGUGUGGGUGCUUACGACCGACCUUCCGUAUACCAGUACGGAAUUGAAAAGCCAGAGGAGCGAGAGCGACGCACGUCACUCACAAAUCUGAUAGAACAGAGAAGGAAGAGUUUUGGCUCAAAACUCCUUGGACUGGUGAUUCCUGAGAGUCGUGGAAGCGAAGGCAAUGAUAAGGCCUCCAUCGAUCUUCCUCGUAUUUCCAGUGUACCGCCAACAACAGCCUCUAAAACCAUGUCCCUCCCUCGUGAAGGUCAGCGUUCUCCUAGGCUUUACAAAGCAGAUUCUAUUUCCAGCAUCGAUUCUUGUGAGUCUAACACCAGCAGACACAGCUCCCUCAAUGCUCCACCAUGGAAGAGCCACGGCACUAGCACUUUACCCAAAUAUUCACCUGCAUUUAAGCGAAAGAAUAUGAGUGUAUUUAGUAAGUCAGAUAACCUUCCCCCACUUAGUGGUCGCUCUCACAGUGCAUGCAGUACAUCACCUACUAGUGACUUGUCACAGCCAUCCCCCACCCCACCAUGUCACUCUCCUCCCAAGAGCUUAGAGACUAUUUCUCCACCCAGUUCAGAGCACACUUACGACAUGACCGAUAGCAGAUAUAACAGUGAUAGGCACAGUUACAGUAAGUUACCACUCUCCCAGAAAAAUUCAUAUGAGUCUCGCCAUAACAGAGCCGAAGACAGUGACAAUGACUCUGCAGUCAGCUCUACACAAUCCAGCUACUCUCAGGGAAUGUCACCCCCAUCCUCUCCGAUGCCAGAACAGGAUGAACUCGAAGACCGUCGCGGCAGAGGUUACAGGUCACGGUUAUCUCAACAAAAUUCUCUGGAUGAUCAGGAUGCCGCCAGAAGAGUUCUGAAGCGUGGAAGCAUUGAAGCUGAAAACAGAAGGAACGUAAUUAAUUCUGCGAGAUGCAGCUCAGGUAAAAACAGUGACGAACAUCAGACUCCGGAAAUAAUUCGCAAAUACUCCAGUGCUUCGGACAGAGGAGAAGAUUCAGAUCGAUUCCCUAAUCGGCUAGACUCUGAGUUACGGGAGGGACCAAAGGUGACUGGCUUGCGGCGCCAAGCGUCUACUUCAUCCACUUCAUCCACAGCCUCAUCUCGACGAUCUUCUCAUGAUUCGUCCAGACGGAACUCGAAAGAUUCAGUCAUUCAUGUCACCAAGUAUGACGAAGCGAAGGUGUCUGCGGAACCUGUUUAUUUUGACCAGGAGGGAGAAAUGUACAAAGAGUCGCAGUUGAAAGUUGCAUAUGUAAAUGAAAUCACUGAUGAUUUUGAACAACUUAACGAAUGCAACAACAAGGAUGUAAUCGCUGAAGUUCCACUCUCUUCACCACCAUCGCGAAGGACUACAGAGGCUUCAGAUUCCUCUGACACAAGCCAAUGUGUGCCAUCCAAUCCUAGGAGGGGAAAUCGGUGGGCUGAGCUGGAAAUGAAAUAUGGAUCAACCAACUCCACAUCAGAUAUAGAAUCAAAAAUUCAACGAAUGAGAAGGGCUUCUGAUUCAAGCUCCCCUGACCGCACCAAGAAAAAAUCAGGGGGAUUCCGCGCCUUGGCUGAGAAGUGGCAGCAGCGUGCCGAAGAGGACACAGCAGCGCCUCCCCAACCAAACUUGGCUCGCAGGGAAAGCAAUGGUCGACUUGAGGCUUCUGUUCGAUCUUCACGCCAAUAUGAGGAACGAUCGGCAACGACAUCUACUCUGGAGAAGCCAACGCGUCCUUCCAGGUUGUACGAUAACCAGACUGAUGUGGACGGGCCUCAGCCAUCUCAGCCAGAUCUCCGUGGCGAAUCUAUCCAGUCUUCCUCCAACAGCCUCAGCAGCAGUGGUGACACCCGCGCUGAGAACCUUGAUAUUCCUCGGGCAGAAGUUCCUGAUCGCAAGCUGUCAAUGCCAGAAUAUGGUAAUGGUGGCGUCAAAAUGCGCGACCGACGUGAGGGAGGGAGGGGCGCGCCAUCUCGACCUACUAGUCUCAUUGAGGGUGGCGAUGGGGGCGUGAUAGAUUCCAAUUACCUCACCGGAUGUUCACAGCUCAGUCCAACUGCCUCCACGGACUCCCGUGAUGAUCUCUUCACUCCUGAAACAUCUCUUUCACGGACUUCAAGUAAGGAGGUCCUAGAUGCCUUCUCACGUCCUCGUGCCAACAUUGGCAUCUCAUUCCCUCGUGUGGGUGCCUCCACCACUCCUAAAAUUGACGAUAUCAUGAGAGCUUUUGAACGCCAUGACAUGAGGAAGCGCGGAGGAAUAGGUGCAGGUUCGUCACAUCCCCGCAUGUCGUCUCUGGAUUCAACAAAUAGCGAUGAGGGUUUGAUUGGGGCGCAUUACGGCUCUGUAACAUCCCUGGCCUCUGGACAGCGCGACCAGUACGGCUCCAUCACCUCUCUCGCUUCCUCCACAUCCCUUAUAUCUCCACAAGAACUGGCUCAACUGAUUGAGGAAGCUAACCAGUCCCUGGAGGAAUCUGGGACACCAUCUCAUGAAAUCCUGGUGGUGGUGUUGCACAGGGAGAUCGUCGGUCACGGUUCCAUCGGCAUCACCCUGGCGGGCGGCGCAGACUAUGAAACAAAGGAGAUUACGGUGCACAAAGUUAUUCCUGGCAGCCUGGCUGACCGUGAUGGCCGCAUCCAGCGUGGAGACAGAGUUCUUUCCAUCAAUGGCAAGAACCUUCGAGGUGUGACCCACAAGGAGGCUCUUAGUAUACUUAAGUCACCAAGACCAGAGGUUGUACUUGUGCUAUCCAGAAGUCGUUCAGUUACUCCACAGGAGUCAAACAUGACAGAAUCCGAUGGAAACUUCAUCCACCGUCCAUCCCUCAUCAACCAUGUCACCUCUCCAAGGCCCCCCAAGAUCCUAGAGUCACCAAUGGACAGCAAAAGCCUCAUUUCAGAUGUAGCAGCAAUGUCAGUCCCCAGAGGUCCUCCAUUCACCAUAACCUUGGUGAAAGAUGGUGCAGGUCUUGGAUUCUCACUGGAGGGUGGCAAAGAUUCACCUUUGGGUGAUCGUCCCCUUACUGUCAAGAAGAUAUUUAGUGGUGGUGCGGCAGACAAGGGCGGUAUUCUCAAGGUGGGUGAUGAGCUGGUCAGUGUGAAUGCAGUUGAUGUGACAGGGAUGGCACGUAUUGAAGCCUGGAACUUCUUGAAAAAAUUGCCAGAUGGUACAGUUACUCUUGUGCUCAGGCAGAAAUUGGAUAGUUCCUCAGCAAAGAAUGAAGAAUAAACUUGAGAAUAUUAUCUAGAAAUGUAACUAAUGUGCAGUUAUGUACUAUGUUCAACUUAUAUAUUAAAUCUUUGUUUAUUUGUUUUUUUGUACUGAAUUAUAUUAUCAUAUACAUUAAUUUGUCAAUGAUAUUAAACUCAAAAUAUCUUGGGAAAGUAUUUAUUGUAGAACAGCAUGAAUUUUGUCUGAAAUAUCAAGGAAUAUAAUGUCUGUGUAAUUUUAAGA